CUGGGCCCCGGUCAAACAGCGGCGGUUGUGCGCGAUUCAAGUCCCGGAAGUGUGUCGCGCGGGCGGCUCCACUCUCUCAUCGCCAUUCUAGCCCGGCGGAGCGCGGCAGCUGAAGUACUUAGAGUUUGAGCUCCGGUAAAUCGCCCUUAAAAGCACCAUGGCUGAGCAUGAGCCCACCCCUGAGCAGCUAGCGGCCAUUGCUGCAGAAAACGAGGACAAAGAGUCUGUGAACUAUCGCCCCCCAGCCCAAAAGAGCCUGCAGGAGAUCCAGGAGCUGGACAAGGAUGACGAAAGCCUGUGCAAGUACAAGGAAGCCCUUCUGGGGAAAGUGACAGUUAUGUCAGAUCCCAAAGUGCCAAAUGUCCAAGUCACACGGCUGACUCUGGUUUGUGAGAGUGCACCUGCUCCUCUGGUCCUUGAUCUGCAAGGAGAUCUGGAGGCUUUCAAAAAGCAGUGUUUCCUUCUGAAGGAAGGAGUGGAGUACAGGAUAAAGAUCAGUUUUAAGGUGAACAAAGAGAUUGUUUCGGGACUCAAGUACAUCCAGCAGACCCACAGGAAAGGGGUGAGGGUUGAUAAGUCAGAGUACAUGGUGGGCAGCUAUGGGCCCCGGGACGCAGAGUAUGACUUCCUGACUCCUCUAGAGGAGGCACCCAAAGGCAUGAUUGCCCGUGGCAGCUACAACAUCAAGUCCAAGUUCACCGAUGAUGACAAGCACGAUCACCUCACUUGGGAGUGGAACAUACACAUCAAGAAGGACUGGAAUGACUGAGCUGCCUUCAGAAUCCCCAUACUCCAUCUCCAGUCUCCAACUUCUCCUCCAUCCCCUCAGCUUAAUCACCCUUAUACUUUCCUGCGUAACUACAGUAGCUGCAAAGUUUCUUUCCUGAUCUCUCCGUCCAGGUUCCCCUAGCCUUCUGUUUGAUACCUCCCUGCUCUCAUUCUCUUAACUCUCCUUAAUCAGCCAUUACUGCUCAGCUGUAUUUUGCCUGUCCUUGAUCUCACAUAGUCUGUGCUCCUUGAAGGGAUAAAUAUGCCCCCAGCCCCUCUCCAAAAAUGGUGUCUUCCACUAGAAGCAUGGAAGCUUAUUUGAAAGACCAAAAACAAACUUCAGAGUCCAACUUGUGUUUUGGUCAUUGUACAUUCAAAAGUAAUGAGAGACAAUUUUGAAGAAGCUGGUGAUUUUUGUUGUCAUUGGUGACCUCCCAUGAGUUAUUUUUGGUUUUCAGCCAUUUCCCUGAGCAUUCCCACCCCCUUUCUCUUUUCCCCUCUUUCCCCUGCAUCCCUUUUCCUCAUUUUAUGCUGGAUAUAUAUAUGUGUGUGUAUAUAUAUAUAUAUCUCUAUAUUUUUUACCAAGAUCUGCCUUGUGAAGUGUUCAGUGAAUGAGAGAGAAUUGCUCUCUGGCUCCUCCCUCUCCUCAAAAAAAAAAAAAAAUUGCCCUUAUCUUUUCAGUGAGGUUGGGGUUUUGGGAGUUCAAAAAGAAUGGGGACCCAGGCUCCUCCUCUGCCUUAUACUGAGUGAUUGAAACAGGGACAGACAUAGAUGAUAUUAGAGAAGAUCAGUGUAGAAGUGCAAGGGGUUGAUGAUCUUUACACAGCUAUUUAGCCAGGAGACAGAUGUGGCCUUUUCCGAGAAUUAAAUAUUGGCCCUAUUUACACUCCAGCCUGUUGUUUUGUGCAAUCUGUUGGUAGCUGCUGCUGCAAGUGCCAGUGUAGAGUCAGCCCCAGCCGUUAGCUGUCAAAAUGGUGCUUACACCGCCAGGGAAAGGGAAGUCACGCACAGGGCAGUGUCCUCUCCCUUUCUGCCUUUGUAGCAGAAAAUCCCUUUACCCUGUAAAUCGUUGAACUCUAAGCCUCCUUUUCGUCUCCCCUAAGUAUUACCCUAGUGAAACACGAUUGGUAGUGAUUAGUCUUGGCAGUUAGUUUUCUGUUGCCAUGUGGCCUUAAUGUUGAGUCCAGUUGCUAAACGUGUAAUGAAGUUAUCUUUGCCUUAAUGUAGUCUACCCCCAACAUCGGUCCCAGUAGUGCUGCGACUUAUUGCCCAGAUGGUGCUCUGGCCCUCAUGGGUAAAAGAGCACAUCCAGGGCAGGAUCUGGUUAAAAUCAGCAUCAUCUGCUGCUGACUGUGAUGGUGAUUGGCUUGAUUUGUUAUAGGAACUGGUGGAAUAGAAUCAGUUCUUGGGCAGCUCAAGCAAAAAAACUCUUGGCCUUGUAGGUUUGAGAGACAGUGGCUUAGGUAAUCACUUCAAUGGUUUUUGACUGGUCUAGUUGGUUCUUCAGUUAAUGCUUGAUUGGUGUGCAUGUGACAGCUCAGCCAGUGCCAGUUGUAGAAACAGGGAUGCAUUUCAGGAAAAGCAGAGACUGCCUUGCUUGACAUACCUUCUCUUAAAGCCUCAGCCAUUGGUGGCCAACUACAGCACUUCCAUCAAUUGGUUUUACGAAAAAUAUAAAAAGGAGGAACAUUAAGCUCUCAUUUAUGUUAUGACUUGGUCAAAUACUUUUGCCAGGCUUUCAAUAGGAGCUUAAUUACUGUAAACAGCUCUGCAUUUAUUCCUUUGCUUGGAGAGAAGUGUCAAUGUUAGACUCCUGCAGGCCCAAUAAAAGCUGCUCCCUGUAAAUGUCCAGAGAUGGAGGAAAGGAGAUGAUUCACCAAAGGUGCUUCAGUGUGACGAGCGCUGCUUCCUUGGAGCGUUUCAGUAUAUGUUAGUAGGAUUCAUCACUUCCCCUGUCCUCCAAGUUUACAGCUCGUUUCCUUCCCUCCCACCCUUGGAUCUACACCAGGACCACUGAUUGUUUGGGGCAAAAGUUUCCAUGCACCUGUCCUGCAGAGGCUUCUAGCUGUGUAACUUUCUUAAACCCCCUUUUUAUACUUCAUAUUUCCAUCAGAAUAGUUUAUAAUUUAGUUAAUUUUUUGAUGACGGUAAUUUUGUGUGCUACUUCUCGAUGCCUGGAGAUUCUUUGAAUUAUGUAGUUCUGGACCAACUGUUCACCAGUAUCACCAUUAAAGUGUUCAGACUAAACAAUUUCUUGU